AUGGCCGAAACACGCUCCUCCAGCGACGGCGCCAACAAAGAGUUUGGCGGCGUCGUCAAGCACGAACAGAUUCACGGAAGGGAAGUCAAUGUCGAGAACGUCGCUCUCGCCGACGCUCAGGCUCGUUCCAAGCAGAACCCAUGGUCUGCUCGCUCGAUGCAAUUGUACUGCUUCUGCUUGGUUGCUACCCUCAACUCUUGCAUUAACGGUUACGACGGUAUGGUUUUGGGUAACAUCAACUCUAUGCAACCUUUCUUGGACUACUUCGGUCUUCCAAAGGGUGGUGGUUCCCAAACUGGUAUCUUCUUCUCUAUCUACAAUAUCGGUGGUAUCGUUGCUACUCCAUUCGUCGGCCCCAUGGUUGACAUGUGGGGACGUCGUUGGGGUAUGGUUAUCGGUGCUGCUCUUAUCGUCCUUGGUUCGCUCGUUCAGGGAGCUUCCCAGGGCAGGGCUCAAUUCAUUGUCGCUCGUUUCAUCCUCGGUUUCGGUGUCAACAUCUCUGCCUCCGCUGGUCCAGCCUACGUCGUCGAAAUCGCUCCACCAUCGUGGCGUGGUGCCGUUACUGGUGUCUACAAUACUUUCUGGUUCAUGGGUGCCAUCCCAGCUUCCUGGGUCACCUACGGAACUGGUCUCCACCUCCCCAACUCUGAUCAGUGCUGGAGAAUCCCACUUUACCUCCAGUGUGUUUUCUCUGGUUUCGUCUUGAUCUUCUCUCUCCUCCUCCCAGAAUCCCCACGUUGGUUGUUCGCCAAUGACCGUCAUGAUGAGGCUCUCGCCGUUCUCGCCAAGUACCAUGGUGAGGGUGACCCGAACGAUCCUAUCGUCCAGCUCCAGAUCCGCGAAUUCCAGGAAGGUAUUUCCAACGAUGCUUCUGACAAGAAAUGGUGGGAUUACCGUGAGCUCUUCAACAGCAGGGGCAAUCUCUGGCGUAUUCUCAUGGUCUUCCUCAUGGCUUUCAUUGGUCAAUGGUCCGGUAACGCUGUUAUCUCCUACUUCAUGCCUUUCGCUCUCGAGGGUGCCGGUGUCAAGGAUCCAGAUACCCAGCGUCUUCUCUCUGCUUUGAUGACUGUCGUCCAGUUCAUCUUCGCUCUCGUCGGUGCCUCCAUUGUCGAUCGAUUCGGUCGUCGUACCCUCAUGUUCUACGGUGAAUGCAUGUUCACUAUCUACUUCGCCAUCAUUACUGCUCUCUCCUCCCAAACUGACCCAGUCACCAAUACCUUCCCCAACAAGAACAUGUCCAACGCUGUUAUCACCUUCAUCUACCUCUUCGGUGUCACUUACUCCAUCACCAUCACCCCUAUGCAGGCUUUGUACCCUGUCGAAUGUCUUAAGUACGAAACUCGUGCUAAGGGUAUGGCUCUUAACGGUCUCUUCAUCGGUGUUGCCGGUUUCUACAACUUGUUCGUUACCUCCAUCGCUCAAGUCAACAUCGGAUGGAAGUACUACUACUGGUUUAUCGCUGAGAACGCACUCGCUGCCUUCCUCAUCUUCUUCAUCUUCGUUGAAACCAAGGGUCGUACUUUGGAACAGUUGGACGAGGUCUUCAAUGCACCAAACCCCAACAAGGCUUCCCGUUCCAAGCAACACGCCGAAAUCGAGAAGGGUGUCGGCGCCGUCGCUGCUUAA